AAAAUUUUAAAUCAUCACAAAUCAGCCAUAAAAUUAAACAUAUUUGUUUAAAAAUAUUAUUAAAAAAAUAUGCCAAAUGAACGACAAUUAGUUGACUAUCGGGAACUCAUACCCGAUGUGCGCCAGUAUAUACUCGAUCGCAACAAACAGGAUCCCGAAAUCUAUGACCCGAUUGAUGUGGAACGGGUCGAACGGGACGAGUGGUCAACCCUACGAUUUAUUAAGUGGAAUCGCGGCGAUGUCGGCAAAGCGCGGACACAAUUGGACACAUGCCUUAAGUGGCGCCAAGAGUUCGGUAUCAAUCGGCGUACGGUUGCCGACGUACCCGUAGAAUUCACCAAAGCUGGUGCCAUAUUUACGGCCGGUACCGAUAUGGCCGGCCGUCGGGUACUGUACUUGCGGGCCAAAGUCUAUCGUCGGAUACCGGCACUGGUCGACUAUUUCAAACAGUUUGUUGUCGGCCUAUUGGAUCUGGUCGAUAAGGAUGCCGGUGCCAGUGGCUAUUCGCUGGUGUUUGACCUGACAGGUCUGGGCUUUUCAAAUGCCGACAUGGAUUUCCUACAGUUUCUGAUCAAUACAUUUCGCAACUACUUUCCAUACGGCCUGAGACAUGUGACGGUCUACAGUUUACCGCGACUAUUGAGACCAUUGUGGGCAGUGGCCAGACUGUGGAUCGGUAGCGAACAGGAAAAACUAAUUAAAUUUGUCUACAGUGUUGAUGAGCUCCGGGCGAUUAUACCCGUUGAUCAGUUGCCGUGCUAUUUGGGCGGUCAAUUGGACACUGAUUUUACUGAAGCACCGCCCGGUUGUAAAUCGGUUAAAGAGUUGGCCCCGCAGUACGGGUUUACCGAUAAAGAGGUAGACAAAUAUAUUAAGAUAUUUGAACCGCAUUUGUUGGAAGCAAAACAAUUGGUCACUAUUGGUGCUAAAUAAACUAAACUACCUGGAUCA